AUGGAUGCUUUUGAAUUUCUGGAGACGCUGCCAGCAGCAACGCUUGAGCGUCUAUAUCAAGAUCCGUGGGCAUGCCAGGCUGUCUUCCAGGCGCUCCCACCUCUUGCUCAGCAAUUUGUCAUGCGUCUUCUACCCACAAAUACCUCAGUACCACGUGAUCUUUUAGAGAAAUGGGUUGUUCCACUGCCCGGAGACAGUCACGAAAUGCCACCGCAAUUUAACGCCGCAUUACACAAACUCGACGGCCUCAGGGUAUUUAUACAGGAAAAUGGUGGCUAUAGACCUCACCCUUUGUUUCAAAAGCAGCUCAUGUACGCACUAAGCAAUCUAGGUGGAUCUCCAUGGGAGCGUGGACGAUUACGUCUUCCCAAAGACCCUGAGAACACCUUUGCAGCAAAGGACCUGGAGCGGUAUGCGAGGGCACGCUGGGACUCAGUGCUGCACUAUAUGGUUGGCUCAACCGCUGUGCAGGAGCCGCCUCAAUCUGUUGUAGAUAUCUUAUUACGCACAAAACUCCUUCAGUCUAGUGAGGCAGAUUCGAGAGCGCUGCAUAUAACUGACACGGGCUACGAGUUUAUGCUGAAAGAUAUUCACGUCCAAAUGUGGACUUUCAUGUUGGAGUACAUUCGUACGCUGGAUAAUACGGGCACUUUGAAGCAAGAGGAUAUCUUGCAAUUUUUGUUCCAACUAAGUUAUUGUCAGACGGGUGGGUAUUAUGCCGUGGCAGAUCUGACACAGACGCAACAGCUUCUGCUCGGGGAUUUUAUUGACUUUGGCUUGCUUUUUCGUAAACGCUCGAACUCCGACCGUUUUUAUACAACGAGUUUGGCUGUAAAUCUCAUUUUUGGUGGAUCUAAAGGACAAGAACGCUCACAUGUCCGUCUAACAAGUUCGUUUGCUGGAGUGCGCGCUGGUGUAAAGUCGCAAGUGACAAACCCACGCCUUACUCCGGUACUUGACCAUGAAGCACAGUUGCUUGUGGUUGUCGAAACAAAUUUUAAAAUUUACGCCUACACUUCGUCGACUCUUCAUGUGGCGAUGCUCAGUGUAUUUGUAGACAUUGUAGCGAGACUCCCCAACCUGGCCAUUGGCUUUAUUACACGUGAAAGCCUGCGCUCAGCUCUAAUUCAUGGCAUCUCAGCGCAGCAAAUAUAUGACUUUCUUGUGAAACAUGCACAUCCAAAAAUGCGUCAAAACACUCCAAUAGUGCCAGAGAACAUCGCCGACCAAAUUUAUUUGUGGGAACGCGAGCGCAACCGCGUGCAAUUCAUAGAGGGUAUUCUUUUCGAUGGCUUUAACACUAAAGAGGAUUACGAAAGUGUUUGCGACUAUGCAAGGAAUCUUGACGUGCUAACGUGGGCCGAUCCGAUUCAUUUCAGGUUAUCAAUUGCUAGCAAAGGCAUAAACGAGUUGACAGUCAACAUUGACCAAAUGGAUGGGUUUGAGCUGAUUAUCGACGAGUGA